AUGGAUUCAAUUUUUUAUGGCUACAUAUUAAGCAACGACAUAACUCCUCGUGCGAUUGAUGGUCCGAGACUUCGUGACCAAAUCGGUCAUGGGAAAGUUACGAUGAAUGAUGAAAUAGCUGAGACAAUAUUUCAAGCAUUAUUACAAUUUACAGUAUUAAUUACAAAUUUCUAUGAUCAACGAGUAUUUAACGUGAAUUUUAAGUAUGACAGCAAGUAUAUGAGCAACUUGACAUUUUAUAAUGAAUUUGUAAAGAUCAACAACUUGAUUGUAAAUACUUUUGAGCAAUUAGAAAUCCCAUGUGCCUUAAAAGCUGAAACAGAAGUGAAAUUCCAAAGAAUUUUAACUGAAAGAACUAAAGAUGACAUCAACAUUCAUUUCCGUCCAUUAGUUGAAACUCAAAUAGUCAAAUUAAUGUUAAAAAUAAUGGAAACGUUAGCAUGCUCGAUUCACAAUCUACAAGAAUCAAUUGGUAACCUUUUUAUUCUCUACAUACAACGUAAAUUAAGCACAAGUAGGAGAAACAUUCUGUCAAAUUUGAUCUCAUUCCUGCCAAAUUUUUCUAAAGGUUUUCAUAGCAUUUUAAGUCUACUUAUGAAGAUAUUCUCAACAGUCCAAAAUCUUGAUGACAAAUUCAAAGACAACGAUUGGUCCAAAAAGAUCAUCAGAGUGCUUAAACAAACUCUUCAGAUGACGCAGAUCUACAGCAAACAUUUCUCAAUUGACGAUCGUAAUUAUUUUAUUGCCAAUAGUAAAACAUGCGAAUUUCUAUCGCAAAUAAAUGAUAAUAGUCGGCACAUGUUUGAGGAAGACAAACAACAAAUUUGUUAA